AUGAUCAAUCUGUUAUCGAACACUUCGAAAUCAGAAUAUGUAUCUGCUGGUUUUCAUCUAAAAGAUAUUUUAAGAAAGAUCAUAGGAUACAUAGAUAAUUAUAAACAUGAUUACGAUUAUGGAAGUCUUCAGCUAAUGAUCAGACAAGUUUCAAAGAUGUUAAACGGGAAGAAGUAUCUGCUAGUACUGGACGACUUGUGGAAUAUCGAGGGUCUAGACAACUGGGAAAGGCUACAACACAUUUUGAUGUGUGGUUCUCAUGAAAGUAAGAUUUUAGUCAUUACCCGUAAAGUCGAUGUUGCGUCUAACGUCUUACGCGUCACCCCUGCAUAUCACUUGCAACAAUUAUCAGCAGAUGAGUGUUGGUCAAUUAUCAAGGAAAAGGCAUAUUUUCGUGGCGGGGUAUUGGAGAAUCCGAAAAUGGUGAACAUAGGAAAAGAAAUAGCAAGAAAAUGCUGUGGUUUACCACUUACUGCUAGAGAAUUAGGCAACAUUUUGUGCUCAAAAACAAAAGACAUGGAGCAGGCUUUAAUUAUCGAAGCCAAGAGGAGCAUCUAUUCAGCAUUGAAAUUAAAUUACGAUCGUCUGUCGUCAUCAGCUUUAAGACAAUGCUUUGCUUACUGUUCUAUAUUUCCCAGGGGUUGGGAGAUCGAUAGAGAAACUAUAAUUCAGUUAUGGAUGGCAGAAGGUUUUCUUGAACCAUCAAGUGGAGAGAUUUCAAUGGAGGAUGUUGGUAACAAGUAUUUUGACAUCUUGUUGUCCGAUUCCUUAUUCCAAAGUGUAGAAAACAAGGAUGAGUUGGCUGAUAUUCAGAAGUGUAAGCUGAAUGACUUGGUACAUUAUCUAGCGCGCGCUAUUGCUAGCGAAGAUGGGUGCUCAAUUUCAACAGCCAAGAACGUAGUAAGUGAUUCUGAAAAUCGACGUUUGGUUUUUGAUGAAGAUAUGCCGAGAAUGUUGCCAGAAGUGGGUAAUUAUAGAAAUAGGUUACGCACAUUUGUGGCCUUUGAAGCAGGAGACUGUGAUAAUAUUGAAAAUGUUUAUCGGAAUAGGAAUUUGCAUGUAAUAUACUUGAGAGGUUCGUCGAUCCAGAAAGUACCGGCUUCGCUUUCAAAGUUCAGACAUUUAAGAUAUCUUAACCUCUCGGGAUGUCAGAAUCUCUAUAAUUUGCAGACAUUGGUAUUACACAGCUGCAACUCGCUUUCGAAACUUCCUGAAGGCAUUGGACCAUUGAGAAGCUUGAGGCACCUUGAUCUUUCAUACACAGGAAUAAAAAUACUGCCUACUUCAGUUACUAGUCUCCGGAACUUGCGAACUUUAGAUGUGUCCAAUUGCAGAAACUUUGAAGAAUUACCUGAAGCCAUUGGAGCCUUGAAAGAUUUAAGGAUCCUUGAUAUUUCACAUACGAAGGUGACUAAAUUACCUGACUCUAUCUGUUGUCUCAAAAGAUUGGUAAAGCUUAAAUUGCACUCGUGUCCCAACUCGAAGCUUUGCCAAGAGGAAUUGAAGCAUUGA